CGUGCGUUCUGGUCGGCACAAGUGGCGUAUGCGUGAUAUUUUGGUGGUCCCCAGAGUCCUGCCUGUUGGUCCGCUGCUACGGCUGAUUGGAUUUUUGGCGCAAGUAGUCUAAAAAGCCGGCUAAAGUGUUCCGCGUGCGUGUGUGUUGCCGGAAAUACUUAGAGUAAUCGAAAGGCAGAAAAAAAAUCAGCAAAAAAACACCAAAACAAAUUGUAAGCAAAAUUAACUUGGGUCAAUCGUUAGAAGGUGGCUCAGGCUCUGGAGCUGGCUUUCUGUUGCUGCCAUUAUUAUGUUUUGUUUUAGCCUACUGGCCCCCUGCUAACUCGAAAGUAGGUUAAUUGACGUGUGUUGUGGGUGGAUCGCAGAGGAAAAUAACCCAAAAACAAGAUACAUAUAUAAAAACAAAUAGCAGGGGCACAGGCAGUGGCAGAGGCAUAGCCAUAGGCAGGAAGUUGAGUGUCCAAGGGCUCAGCAAGAGACCUCUCAAAGGAGUUUAAGCUCCAGCUUAAAGUAAAGCUUUUCCAAGGUCACUCGAGCAGCUCAAGGAGGAAGAGGAGCAGCAGAGGCAGUCGCCAGCCAAUGCAACCUGCACAGACAUCAUUAGAAGUGAACGAAAACCACACAAAAUGCUGAUACUGCUGCCGUUUUUGGGAAUAUUUGGCAAUGGUCUCGUUGCUGGAGUCGUCGAGGCGAGCCUGAGUCUGGGCUUUAAGGCCAUCAAAUUGCCCCGGCAUCCCAAUCCAGCCAAUUGCAGUGUUGGCAACACAACAUUCGCACAUGGAGUCACAUUUAAAUUGGAUUGUAAAACCCAAUGCGUUUGCGAGAAUGGCCGCCACGCCUGCUCGACGCUGUGUCCCAACGAGCAGCUGCCUGCGCCGGAGGACACCAUUUCCUGCCGAUCGCCGCGCCUAGUCGAGGUGCCCGGUCACUGCUGCAAGAUGUGGCUCUGUGAGAAUCCAACAGCUGAUGUUUACGCCACCUGCCACAACAGCACCACCAGCGGCAACUGGACCGCCUGCAGCCGGAGCUGUGGCCUCGGCACGGCCACCAGGCAGACGAGCACACCCCACGCGGGCUGCCAUCAAUUGAGCAAUUUGCGGCUCUGCGAGAAUCGUAGGUGUGACGUUGGCGAUGGCGACCACAACCAAGCGGACAAUAGGCGGAGGAGCAGCAGCAGCAGCAGCAGCAGCAGACACUCAUUAACACGGAGAAGGAAACACCAUGUGGAGGAGGGCCAUGCCCCACACACCCAUCAUCAUCAUCACAAUAGAGAGCAGCAGGAGCCAGCACACAGGAUACGAAAGGGCCACGAGUGCCGCAGCAUACAGCGACUGGGUCCAGCGCGGAUUCGUUUGGGGGAAUGCGUCUCCCGUAAGCUCUAUCGACCGAAGCUGUGCGGACGCUGCCAUCGCGGACUCAAGUGCUGUGCCCCGUCGGUGUCCACCACGAUACAGGUCGAGCUGUUGUGUCCCUUAAAUGCUGUCGAUCCAAUUAACUACGUACAACAGCGUGUCCUGGCCAGACAGUGGCAACAGCAGCAGGACGAUGAUGAUGACGGCGACAGCGAGGAUGACUAUGAGUAUGAGCAGGAACACUCAGAGCAGCCCAAGGAGCAGCUGCAGAGUGCACAGUUAUGGGAUACCGUAGCAUUGGAACCAAUCGAUCAGGAAUUCCUGCAAUCACAUCAGAAACAAAUUGACAAUAAAUUCAUUGCCGUCGAAUGGAUACUGAAAUGUGAAUGCAGCAAGAAUCAUUGCAAUGGUGACAGCGGCAACAUCAGCAGCAACAUGCCCCAUGACAACAUGUCCAACACGAAUAAAUAUGGUUAUAACAAUUACAAAAACCAUAUUAAUGAGGGCCAACAGAAACCAGGGACGAGGCAGCGGCAGCGGCAGCGGCAGCGACAAAACCACGAAAAUAAUGUCCAGCCAAACGAGCAAACCCAAAACAACGAGGAGGAUGCGGCCAACAUGGAUAUGGACCACAACGAAAUAGACAAUUCGUCCUCGGAACAACAGCCGGACAUAAUACCCUAUCCAUUGAGCGUGGGCGAAACCAGUUGGAAGACCGCAAAAAUGCGACAAAAGCAGCAAAAGCAACAGGAACAAGAGCAGCAUCAGUCACACCAGCAGCAACAUUGGCAACAUUACACAUAGCCCCAACAUAAAACUCAUUUGCGAUAGAGGAAAAGUAGAGCAGGCAAGGCGAGGGAUCAGAAAUAUCUGAUUAAAGUGGAGUAGGAACGGGAUCAGCAGAUUGUAGGGGCUAGGGCAGAGUAGAGUUUAAGAUUUGUACAGCAUAGCGAUACAUAA